AAAUGUCGUUCAUCUGAAAAAGAUGUUGUGAAAAAAGUCCAAGUCAAAAAGUCAGACAAAAGUGACUUUAUUCUGUUUAUUCGUUCGGGUGAUUAUGGAUCUCAAACAACGUUAGCUAUAGCUGGCACUUGUCAGCUGGAUUUAGACACAAAUAGACCAAUCGCCGGUUCAAUUGUAAUUUUAUCAGCUAUGAAAUAUAUUUAUUACAACCCAGGCGAAUUGAAACGAGUUAUUAUUCAUGAAUUAGGACAUACAUUCGGCUUCGAUUAUCGGUUGUUUCCUUACCUACGUCAUGAUGAUGGUAGUCCUAGAACAAAGCGUAACCAAGAUACUGGUGAACCGGAAUUGCCAACACAUGCCAACGAAGGAUUAAAAGCUGAUCG